AUGUCAGCACCUCACCAAUCUGGCACCGAGAAUUACGACAACUACACUACAAGUACAAGUGAUAACGAUGCAAGUGACAGCGGCAACUCCGCAAACUACGACGACUACAUAAAGAUCGCCACCCAGAACAACUUCUCAAUGGUAAUGGAACUGGACCUGGCCGGCACCGUCAAAUACAUAUCGGCACAACAAUGGGAGAGCCUCCUGGACGUGUCGGCCCCUUGUGCCUCUCAACGAAUCGCAGAUUAUGUAUCGGGAUCCCCACAGGAUAAAGCUGUGUUCGAUAAUGCCGUGGAGAUGAUGCUAGAGAACGACGAUAUCAGCUACACCGUGACGUUCAAUACUUGGGACUCCCAAGGGGACUUGGUGCCGUUGGAGGCAUGCGGCAUUUUGAUCAGAGACCCAGGCACGCAUGAACCGUUGUACUCGAUGUGGAAUAUGAAACCAUACACGGAACAACAACAUGAAUCGGCCUUGCAACAACUAUUACCAGAAUCCUUCAUUAAGAAACUGGGGUUUGGCGCAACGAUCUUUGCAUCAUAUAUUAGACACAUAGAAAAUAUUGGCGUGAUCAAUGAUAACAAUUUACCGAUACCAAGAAUGGAAUUAUGUAGAGUUUGCGAAACGUUUGUUCCGGCUUGGUGGCUUGAGACUCAUUCUCAAAAUUGCGUAGUUGAACAUCGCAUCCAAUCGGUGGUGCAAUUGUUACAUGAUAAUUUAGUGGAACAAGAGAAGAGACUCAAUGAGGAGUUACAAAAUGGAGAAUGGACUGUAAGACAACAGAAUUUAUUGGAAUCAUUGAAAGAAUUGACAGAGUACGCAGUGGAUGUAAAUCCUAGUGAACCAACCACAGAACAUCAAUAUCAAACAAUAUAUGAUAAUAAUAAUAAUAAUAAUAAUAAUAAUAAUAAUAACAACUACAACUACACCACAACAACACAAUUCCAAUUUUCUCCAAAUUCAAAAACUAAUAUUCAAUAUAUCGAUAACUGGAAAUAUCCAGAUUUACAAGAUUGUAUAGAUGAACUCCGAGAUGAUUCUACACUGACACAAUUGAUUUCAGAUACAAUAGAACUGACUAGGAAGAAAGUGGACUCUGUACGAAGAUUGGACAAUGCAAUGAAAUAUUCUCAACGGAUUAAGGAUGAAGUAAAUGAUAUUGCUAUGCAAUUGAUUCGUGAACAAGUAGAAAAUAAUAGAUUAAAACAAGCCCAUUCAUUAAGUGUACAAUUUGUUACUCCAACGGGAGCAAAUUCAACUCCCAUUUUACCACAGGUAUCAUUAUCACCAGCAAAUAUGAACUGUCAUUCGAUGGAUUCUUUAUUGCAUAAAAUUCCUUCAAUAUAUGAACCGAAUGAUACUGAUUUAGAAGAAACACCGUCUCAAUUGGACUCCAAUACUUUACGAACGUUAGGCACUGCCGCUACAUUUACACAGAACCAUAGUAAUGAGACAUUUAAUAUAAUGGACUCUAAUAGGAUUGAAUUACCGACUCUCGUUACGCCACAACCAAAACAUGUAAAUGAUACUAAUAGUCGUGAUAACAAUAACUUAUUUUCAGAAUCGUAUUUGAAAAAUGAUGAAUUACCAAAAAUGCACUCUACUACACAUAGUAGCUUGAGUCAAUGGGGAUUUACUGAUGAUAUACCUAAUCGCGAGAAAACUUCUACUCCAGAACCUCAGCAAACAAAAUACCCAAGACAUACCUCAAGAUCAAUAACUCCAAGUACUCAAUUAGAUUACGAUAUAUAUCAUUCGGAUACAGUACAUGAACGCAAUAACUCCAGCUUUAACAGCAGUAAUAGUGUCUCCAAUUCCUCAUAUCAAACUCCGCAAAUGUCGUCUACAAAACUUUUGAACACAAACUCUAUAAAUCAACUUCAAGGAACUUCCAAUAUUAAUUCAAAUCUACCGAAACUUUCCACAACAAUUUCUUUGACACCCAGAAGAGGAUCACCGUUGCCAUCGAAUAUAUCUUCAUAUAACAAUGCAACUACAAAACCAUUAGAUGAUCCGCAGUUGCGUCACUUUAACAACUCGAUUCAUUCAAAUACACCGUCAACUUCCCAUAAUCAAAUGUUAAGAUUAGACCUAGAGAAAUCACCAAUAAGUUCACCUUUUGCACUUGCUAGAGAUUUCUUGACACCAGAACAAUUUCCAAACAAUCCGGCAUCCCCAAAUCAACCUUUAUCACCUUUGUUGCUUGCAACAAACCAAGUGAAAACAGCACAACCAAGUAUUCGUGAUUAUGAUAUUUUGAAACCCAUUAGUAAAGGUGCCUAUGGUAGUGUAUAUUUGGCCAGAAAGAAACUAACUGGAGAUUAUUUUGCAAUAAAAGUUUUAAGAAAAUCUGAUAUGAUUUCCAAGAAUCAAGUUAUGAAUGUAAAAUCUGAAAGAGCUAUCAUGAUGUUUCAAAGUGACAAACCAUACGUUGCAAAACUUUUUGCUACUUUUCAAAAUAAGGACAACUUAUUUUUGGUUAUGGAAUAUUUACCUGGUGGUGAUUUAGCUACUUUGAUAAAAAUGAUGGAUACAUUACCAGAUGAAUGGGUAAAACAAUACCUCGCAGAAAUUAUAAUAGGGGUAGAAGAUAUGCACCAAAAUGGUAUAAUUCAUCACGAUUUGAAACCGGACAAUUUAUUGAUCGAUAGCAAAGGCCAUAUAAAAUUAACUGAUUUUGGAUUAUCUAGGGCUGGGUUAGUAAGAAGACAUAAAAUCUUUGCUAGGUCAAAAUCUGUUACUUCUAAUAACUCGAAUGAUGAAUCCGAAGUUAAUAAGAGUGCGAGCCAGUCAUCAGCUUCUGAAACGACAAGUACUAUAAAGACUAAAAAGAGAUCGGUAUCAUCACUGAAACCAUCAGAAUCUGAUUUGUUAAACACUCCUACACCUCGUGCAGAUAGUACACAUAACACCGAUUUUUUGAAUCUUGGAAAAAGUGACUCUCAAUUAUCUUUAUCAUUAUUCGAAGUUUCUCGAGCAAGUACUCCACCUCCACAGAACCUAACUAACUUUUCCACACCCUCUGCUAGUAAACUUAAAAUCAAUUCAAGUAACGAUAUUAGUUUAUCCAAUAGUACUAUCCCAAAUAUUCGCAAGACAACACAUAGCAACAGUAUGUCUACAGUUUCAUCAAAUGCAUCACAUAAUUCUGACUUGGCUUUAUUUCACCCAGAUGAUACCAAACAAGAUAAGAAAUUCUUUGGGACCCCUGACUAUCUGGCCCCAGAAACCAUUAAGGGCACCGGAGAAGGUGAUGAAUGUGAUUGGUGGUCUGUUGGUUGCAUCAUGUUCGAACUUUUAUUAGGAUACCCACCAUUUCAUGCAAAUUCUCCGGAAGCUGUCUUUAGAAAUAUCUUAGAUGGGAAUAUCCAAUGGCCAUUAUUCGAUUCUGCUGAAGAAGAGAGUGAAUUUUUGUCAAAGGAUUCAAAAAAUUUAAUUGCAAAGCUACUUGUCAUCGAUCCUUCACAACGUUUAGGUGUAAAUGGUGCCCAAGAGAUAAAAAGUCAUCCUUAUUUCAAGACCAUAGAUUGGCAAAGUGUUUAUGAAGAAGAACCGUCAUUUGUACCAACUGUUGACAAUCCGGAAAAUACAGAGUAUUUUGAUCCUAGAGGUGCCAUAUUAGAAAAUUUAGAUGAUAGUGAUGAAGAAACUUCGAAAACAAAGGAAGGAUAUAAUAUAACAGAUAAUAGCGACAUUCCAAUGCUAAAUUCUUCAGGUGGGUUAUCGUUAUCUACGCCGAAAGGAACUCCUAUAUCAUCAGCUCCCCGGGACUGGUCAGGAGCUUUUAUAGGAGGAACAGGGGAAUAUUCCACUCCAAUUAAUAAACUAAGUAUCUCAUCUGUCCUUGAAUCCAUGGAUACUUCCAAUACGACUAGUCAGUUACCAGAAAAUAUAAGUAGGAACUCCUCAGUUCCAAAAAGUAUGUCCUUAGCUAUCCCUCCACAUAUGAGGGAGAGAAGAGCAAGUAAAUUGAAUGAUCCACAAACUGAAUUUGGGUCAUUUUACUUUAGAAAUUUAUCAGCUUUGGAUAAAGCUAAUAAGGAUGUUAUCAAUAGACUUAAAAAUGAACACUUCAGUGAUAUACCUCGUGUUCAUAGAAGAACAUCAUCUGGAUCAGUGGCAGGUUCAUCUUCAGAUACUUCUUCUUCUAAGAUGAAAUUACAUAAGAGUUCGCUAACUGGCUCUCCAGCUUUUAACCCUACGGCAAAGAAUUUGAUGAGAUCAGAUUCAUCAUCUAUUAAAUCAUUUUCACCUGAAAGAUCAAAUAGUAUAGACCAAGGACCGGGAAAUAUUUCAAGAAAAGAAAGUUUAAUUAGUACUAUUGAUACUAAUACGCCGGUAUCUUCAAAUUUUAUUGGUACAUAUACGAAGUCUCCAAAUACACUAUUUUUCAGUGAUUCUGAUUCCCCAACAACUUCAAAAUUCAAAUCACCACUAUCACCUGCGUCUACUACAUUUAACAAGACACACAGGAGUAAGCUACUUUCAAAGACAAUAGCAAAUUCACAACGAAGUAGCACUGCUGAUAUUUCUUCUGAUGAGACUGAUAGACUUCAAGCAGUUGCAAGAGUUAAUACUUUAAGACAUAGAAGAAGAAGUAGCAGACUGGAAUUUAGCAACACAAACAAUGAAAUAGGUUAUCACAUGGACAUCCUUCUCUGCGAGCCAAUUCCUAUUCAUAGAUACCGUGCCGCUAAGGAUUUAGAAGAUAUGGGAUGCACUGUUGUAACGGCAAGUGCAGGUGACGAAUUAGUUAGUAAAGCUACAAGUGGCAUUAAGUUUGACCUUAUUUUGAUUCCUUUAAAACUAAUGAAAUUUAAUGUAUUGGAUAUCGUGAAACUAAUCAAACAUACGAAUGACGUCAAUGCCAAGACACCGAUUAUUGCUAUCACAAACUAUUACCAAGAAGCUAUCAGUACAAAUAUGUUCGAUGAUGUGAUGGAGAAGCCUAUCGAUUCGACUCAAUUACGCAGAAUACUGUCAAAAUAUGCAUUAAAGAGAAGUCAAGAUGAAGCUGAAGACACAAUCAUCAGUGAUAGUGACGAAGUGUCAUCAAACGUUGCUCAUUGA